CAGCCGGAGAAAUUUCAGAGCCGCUAAGCAAGGAUGCUCGGAGACCGCACCUCGCGUGGACGCAUCGCAGGGGAGGGUGGCUGUAUUGGCACUGCUGGAAUGAACAAGUUGUGAUAGGAACACAUAUUUAAAGGGAAACGAAAGGAAAGCAACGUCCAGCCUAAGAGGGAAUCUCCCUGAUGCUAUGCCUUUUCCUAAGAGUCAGUUUUCCUGAAUCUUGGUGAAGCUGCCAUAUUCCAGGAACUGAGCAACAAAGCCAAAAUCCAGGGUAAAAAAAAUCAUGGUAGCAGCAGGAAUUAACCCUGAUGUGGAGAGACACAAACAAUGGAAGCACCAUCUCCUGAACCAGCCUUUGUCGAUGUGGAUAAAGGACUAACUUUGGCGUGUAUUGUCUUCCUCUGCCUUUUUCUCAUUGUCAUGAUUAUCCGCUGUGCCAAAGUGAUCAUGGACCCUUACAGUGCCAUCCCAACAUCCACGUGGGAGGAGCAGCACCUGGAUGACUGACCAACAUGAGGGCUUGGGGACAAGGUGGUCCCCAGCCCUCUACGCAUUAGACCAACCAAGGACUUGGUGCAAGAAAGCACAGCUUCAGAGGCCACCUUCCCAGGAUGAGAGCACUAAAUAUAACUCCUCUUCACACCAAGAUGCUUACAGCAAUGGUGAAGUUUUGAGAGCACACUGAUUACAACUCUGUGCAGAUCUACUUGAAUUCUUCAGCCCUUCUGAUCUAUUGCUAUGCUUUCUCUCUCUUCCAGGUUUUAAUGAGAGCAACUAUGAUGAUUCCAUUACACCAAGUAGCACAAAUGCUCUUUCGAUACUAUAACUCUCUUUCAAGCUUUCUCUAGCGUAAUCUCUACUUAACAACUUUGGCUGUGUUUAAAUCCAAUAUGUGCAACUUUAUCCAGACUGCUUAGCAGUUGAGUAGGGCCUGGGCGGUGUCAUCCUUCCCCUACAUAAGGCAAAAGGUGUAUGCGGUCCAUGAAAAACUCAAAAUAUUGUUUCUGGAUUCAUGUCAGUUUAGUAUUCAUGAGAUUAUAUUAAUUAGAUCCAGCUAAUAGGCUUAGUCGCUGUAUAUCUUCCGUAGAAUUAAAGAUUGGUAGCAAUUAUGGAAAGGUCUCUUUCGGCCACUCUCAAGGAUUUACAGGUUCAGGUUAUGCACCUACGAUUUAAGUCAUUAUUUCAAGUGGAAUCAUACUCUACACUUGCCGUGCAUCCACAAAUCCAAGGGUAAAUUGGUCAGUGAGAUCGUUUUUAACAAUAAGAAUACUUAAAACAUGUAGUGAAAGGAUGAAGGAUUUUACUCCAUCAAAUAACAGCCUUACGUGGCCACUUUUGCUUCUUCUUUCUUUAAUGAAAAAAUGUACCGUCCUAAGAGACGUACAAAAUCUAAAUACCCUUAAUGAAAUCAUUGAUGUAGGGAGGAUGAAAGUCACCCGAAAAAGAGAACAGAUGUGGGGAAACCAAGGCAAAACAUGUGAAGGGGGAGAAAGAGGAAAAAGUGUAUCAAUGAUACACAAUUUGUUGGUGAAAGAACCUGGUGAACAAAAGAACUUCUAUGACCCUUAAAGAUUUAUUGGAACAUAAAUCAGUAGGAGUCAAAUGUUCACCAGAUGCUUGAUUAGCCUUAACUGACUGGUAUAGAGCUGGGAUAAGAGGUUGGGGAUAAGAAUAGAAAAAUAAUGUAAUUCUUUAUAGAACUAUUCAGUACAUUUUUUUUUUCAGCUAGCUUACAUGGCUAACAUGCCUGUGUAGGACGAUGUAAUUUUUUAGAAAUGAGCUGACGAAACCAGACCUAUGAAGAUUCUCAGUCAUCCAGGUCAUGGUUGUCCCAAAGCUGAUUUUUCAAAAGGCAACUGAACUUUGUUUUUUUUUUCCCUUGAAAAAGAUGUUUUGCUUCUCAUUCAAAAAGCUUCUUCAGUUCAGAACUGAAGCAGCUUUUUUGGAUGAGAAGCGAAACGCCUUCAAGGAAAAAUUAAGCAAGUCCAGUUGCCUUUUGGAAAAAGCACAUUUGGGACACAAUUGCUAUGGCAUUCCUAAAAUAUAUUUGCCAAGAAAGUAUCAGGAAAUCCAAAAUCUGUACGUGUCCAAAAAGUGUUUCUUAAAAACAUUGAC